UCCCAAAAUAAAAACUCGCCGAGGACUGGGUAUUUAAGCAAUUGGCUUCAGGAGUGGAUCAUUGUCAUUGCCCCUUGUCACAGAGAACGGUCAGAGCCCAGGACCUACUGCAGUUAAUAUGGGCGUCUCAUUCACUUUGGUUGUCCUAUCAGGCCUUCUGGGUUUCUCACUAGCGUUCAACUGCCCAGAAUCAGAUGGCCACUUCCAGCAUGAGACCCGAUGCGAUAUGUACUACUGGUGUGUCGCCGCUGUCCCGCACGUCAGCCAUUGCCCACCCGGCUCCUUCUUCAGCACCAUCACCAACUUCUGCAACUGGCCCUACGCCGUGUCUGGAUGUAGCGAUGACGGAGCAAGGACUGAUGUCGGAGGUGGUGGAUGGAGUCAGCCUCAGCCUCAGCCUCAGCCUCCCCAACAGCAACCACGUCAGCCUCCUCAGCAUCUCAACAGCUGGGAGCAGGACAACCACAGGUGGAACGACCAGGGCUGGGACAGCUACAUGGCCAAAGCUUUGACAGGUGCUCUAUCAAAGGUCAAGACAAGUGGAAGACAAAAGCGUGAAGCUGACAUGAAAGCAGUGGCAUACCAAGGAUUUGACAUCUGUGGAGGAGAUGAUGGCUACUUCAGACACGCCGAUGACUGUACCAUGUACUGGUGGUGCAUCAAUGGUGUCCCUCGUAUUCAGAUGUGUCAGGGGGGACUCUUCUUUGACCCCGUCAUCCGUCGCUGCUCCUGGGCCAAAUCUGUAUCUGACUGCAGCUUUGAUGGAAAAAGAACCCUUCCAUAUAAGAGUAAAAGUAUGCAAUAAGUUGAUCCGCAAUAUUCUCAAGGGAAAGAAAACAGCCUAAAUCAUUUUCCCCGAUUCUAAUAGUUUCACCCAGAGCAAAAUUGACAGUUUGUCGAUUUGAGUAAUCGAGAUGUACUACCUCAAGAUCGUAUGAAGCAUCUGAGAUCUCUACAAUGUCACGAGAAGCCGUUUUCUUUACUCUUCUUGUCUCAUGUCCGUGUAAUAGGACGUUGUCUCUUACAAGUCAAUGUAACGUCAAUCAUUUGUAGAUCACAGUAUUAUCCAUAUAACCCCAAGGCCUUUACUUUAAUUUUAAAAGGCGAAACUACGCUGUACAUUGAAAAUAGAUGUAUUUCACUCUCAUGUUUCAAAUAAAACAAGACAGCUGA